AUGUCAAAGAGGAUACCCCAAGGAACACUAGUUAAAGUAGAAAUGGAAGCAAAAAUAAAUCUAAUUCUCCUUUCAGAUUUGCUUUAGAGGCUCGUAAAUCUAUACUUUAAUCAGUAUGGACUGAGAGGGCGUUCAGGCAAUGACUAUCUAAAAAUGAGAUUAUUUAAUCUUAUUUCUUGACAGAAAGGCAAACAUA